AAAGUUCAUUGCCCCUCUCAAAUUUCAUGGUCCAUUAAUAAAUGGAAGCUAUACUCUCUCUCAAGACAGUGUCCUAGAAAGUGUUUCAAUGGCUGGGAUUACGGCUUCUUCUUUAACUGUCGCUUCCAGAAGCAAUUUGCAGACAUGUUGGUUGGAAUGUGGGAGUCAUAGUUCAAGAAACAUCCCAAGAAAUCAAAAGUUUGGGAUCAGAGCUGAAGUGAAGUAUGUGAAUGGAGAAGAAGCAAAGAAUCUUGCAGAAGCUGAAGGAUAUAGUAUAUUGGAUGUUCGGGACAAAACUCAAUAUAAUCGAGCUCAUAUCAAAUCAUGUUAUCAUGUUCCGCUUUUUAUCGAGAACAAAGACAAUGACUUAGGCACCAUUAUAAAAAGGAGCGUGCACAACAACUUUUCGGGUUUGUUCUUCGGAUUAGCAUUUACUAAGCCUAAUCCUGAGUUUGUGGAAACUGUGAAGAGCAAGUUUUCAGAUGAAAGUAAACUGCUGCUUGUAUGCCAAGAGGGGUUGAGGUCUACAGCAGCAGCCAACAAGUUAGAAGAGAUCGGUUUUGAGAACGUAGCUUGCAUAACAUCCGGUCUUCAAUCUGUAAAACCAGGAACAUUUGAUUCUGAAGGUUCAGCAGAGUUGCAAAAUGCUGGAAAAGGCGGUUUGGUUACGGUGCAAGGCAAGAUCUCAGCUGUUCUUGGGACUGUACUCAUCUGCGCCUAUCUAUUUAUUCAAUUCUUCCCGGAUGAAGCAGAGAAGCUCUUUCAGCUUGUACCUUCUAGUUAAAUUCCAUCAAUGAAAUGUAAUUGUGAUAAAGAGAGUUAAUUGUUGGUAAUUGUGCAGCAUGUAAUCUUCAUUUAAAUCCACUCUGUGCAAUCAAAUUUUGUAAUCACAAACUACAAUUUCUGCCAUCUAAUUAUGAGAAAGGAUAGGUAUUGUUAGGGUA